CUGCCAUGCCCACCAAGCCAGGCCCACAGAACCAAACUUAGCGAAGAUUUUUAUGUUGGAUUAAAUCUCACUGUUGAGUGUUGAAAUGUGCAACAAAUUGAGUGUGUUUACUAUUUAGAGCAGCGGUUUAGUAGAAGUGGAAAAUAAUUGAUCUCAAAAUGAGAAUGCAUAGCUUAGCUUUCCAGUGUGAACCUUUUAAAGAAUUUUUAAAGUGUCUGCUUGGGCUGAAAUCAAGAUAAGUUAUGGAGCGAGCAUUCCCCCUGUUAACUAAAACCAGAAUUGUUUUAAAGAGAAAAAACACAGAGGGUUAACUCAAAUGGAUUUCUAUCGACACCUGAACCAAAUGUCUUGUGCCCACAGAUGUCUUGCCACCCCGAACUCAAUCAAUAUAUUCAGGAUACCCUCCACUGCAUCAAACCUCUGCUACAGAAGAACGACGUGGAAAAAGUGGUAGUAGUCAUCCUUGAUAAGGAGCACCAUUCGGUAGAAAGAUUCGUCUUUGAGAUCAUGCAGCCCCCAUUGCUGGCAAUCAGCUCCGAUUCCCUGCUCACCCAUGUGGAGCAGCUUCUGCGGGCUUUUAUCCUGAAGAUUAGCGUUUGUGAUGCUGUUUUGGACAACAACCCUCCAGGCUGUACUUUCACCAUCCUGGUGCACACCCGCGAAGCUGCCACGCGCAACAUGGAAAAAAUUCAAGUGAUCAAGGACUUCCCCUGGAUUCUGGCCGAUGAGCAGGACGUCCACAUGCACGACCCCCGGUUGAUCCCCCUGAAGACCAUGACCUCCGACCUCUUGAAG